AUGCGGUCGAGUCUUGUUUCUCUCUUUGCCGUGCUGCCUGCAUGGGUGAGCGCACAAACACAUGGCGAAGGUGAGGAAGGGAGUAGUAUGGGGCCUGUGGCUUUCAUGUGGCCAAAUGAUCGCGUCUGGGAUGCUGCACACGACAAUACAGCACCGUGUGGGAGUACGGCUGGACCUUCGAAUCGGACCAUCUUUCCGCUGUCUCAAGGCUCGGUUGCGUUGAGCAUUGCAGAUGACGCAUGGCAUGUUGCUUUCCGUCUUGCUGUGUCCGACAACCCAACUAUCCAAGCGGAUUUCAACGACCAAGUCGUAGAAAACAUCACAGAUAUUGAUCCCGGGCAUCAAUGCUAUAAGAUUGAAGCGUUGGAAGGUAUUCAAGCUGGAACGAAUGCGACAAUCCAGCUCGAAUACUGGGCCGAUUACGAGGGCGAGAAUAACGGUCGAAACCAGUCCUUCUUCGCCUGUGCUGAUAUCAUAUUUGUCGAGACCCAGAAAUUCAACCUCCAAGUCCCCUGCUUCAACGUAACGAGCGACGACUUUGCCGCACCAACUCCCAGCUUGACUACCGCACCCACCAACACCGGUCUCUCUGCGACGGACUCCCCAACCGCAGGGCAAUCUUCCGGUGACGAUGGUCUCUCCACCGGUGCCAAGGCUGGCAUCGCCGUCGGUGCUGUCCUCGGCGGUCUUGCCCUCUUUGGUGCACUGGGCUUCUUCUUCUGGCGACGGGGCAGGAACGCCGGGUUGCAGGGAAAAGACCAGUAUGAGUUGAGGGCGAAGAAUCUGACGACACCGGAGGGAGAGAGACCUGCAGCUGUGUAA